AUGGAAAUAGCGUACGCAUACACGAAACGGCGUUGUGACUUCGGGCGGCAGCCGCUGUUCUGCGAGCAGGGCCCCGAGAUGUGCGACACCAUCGGCACCAACGUGGCGGAGCACAAGCAGUACAUCCUACGCAACCCCGUGCACCAGGCCACGCAGAACACGCCCUGCUUCUCCGAGCAUUACGUCAAUACCAUACGGGCAGAAUAUACUACUACGGGUGCAAACCAUGCGGAAGGGGGUUGGCCGAAAGACGUUAAUGUUGUGGAUCCCGAGGCUACUCAGCGAUAUCGAAGAAAAAUUGAAAAAGAUGACAACUACAUCCAUUGCGUCAUGUCAUUAGCGCCUGGAAUGGACCACUACGUGAUGCAAAAUAAUGCUAUCGAUAUGUAUCGCACGUACUACGCGGAGAUGCCGUCGCUGCCGGCCGUGGAGCGCAACAGCUGCCGUACGGUGAACGUGUACCGCGACGCGAGCGGCCCGCGUCCCGUCGGCUCCAUCAGCUGGCAGCCGGAUGGGGGCCAGCGCUUUGCUGUCACCUACUGUGAUGUCGAUUUCAAUCGCAACCCGCGUUCCUCUGUCGUGUCCUAUAUUUGGGACAUCGAGAACGCUAAUAACCCUGAAGUUAUAUUCACUCCGACGUGCCCGCUCCUAGACUUGCAAUUUAACCCGCGUGAUCGAAAUAUGCUCGCCGGAGGACUAAUAAAUGGUCAAGUGGGAGUGUGGGACAGGCGACACGACGGCGACGCCAGCGUCAAGUGCGCGCCCCAUGUGGCGCAUCGCGAGCUGGUCCGCAAUGUCCUCUUCAUUAAUUCCAAGUCUGGGCAGGAGUUCUUCUCGUCCGGCCCAGACGGCGCCUGCAAGUGGUGGGAUAUUCGCAACAUGAGCGAGCCGACUGAAGAAAUGAUAAUAGACGUUGUAAAAUCUUCCUUUGACGUCCAAUCGAUGGCCAACUCUAAUGGAGUUAGCACACUCGAAUACGAGCCGACCAUCCCCACGCGUUUUAUGGUCGGAACUGAAAACGGCUUUGUGAUAGGCGGCAAUCGAAAAGGGAAAACGCCAAUGGAAAAAUUACCAGCAAAGUUCGAAGCCCAUCUUGGCCCCGUGUGGUCCUUGGAGCGCAACCCAAACUUCCUGAAAAACUUUCUAACGGUGGGCGACUGGACGGUGCGCGUGUGGAGCGAGGACUGCCGCGAGUCCGCCGUGGUGUGGUCUCCUCCUCACCGCCACAAGAUCACCGCAGCCACCUGGAGCCCUACUAGAUUAUCACUGAUGCUGGUGACUCAGUGGAACGGGCUGCUGGCAACGUGGGACCUGCUGCGGCGGCAGCACGAGCCCGUGCUCACCAUGCAGGUGUGCGAGGAGCCGCUGCUGCGCGUGCGCAUGCACGAGGGGGGUACUCUUGCGGCUUGCGGCAGCCGAAAGGGCAACAUCUACAUGACAGAGCUGUCACAGAACAUGGCGCACUCGGACAAAAACGAUAAAGUCCUGCUCACUGCUAUAUUCGAGCGCGAAGCGAAGCGCGAGCGCAUCCUGGAGGCGCGCAUGCGGGAGAUCCGGCUGAAGCUGCGGCAGGCGGAGGAGGGCAGCCCGGCCACGUCCGUGUCCGACUUCGACCCGGCGGCCGGCGACCGCGACCUCGCCGAGGCCACUGCCGACUACAUGCAAGCCGUCAAGAAGGAGCUCGCCGCCAUGUAGCCCCCCCCCCCUCCCCCCAGCUCCACUUGACUCCUAUUCUACAUUACAGGGUGCCCCAAUAAGUAUGGAUAUAUUGAAGCCAUAAGGUAGAAGUCCUAGAAGGCUAUCCGAAUCGCCCCCAUGUAUGUUGCGAUUUUUCGUAUUUUCGGAGCUAUGACGUUUUUUUUUUAAUUUUCGCCUAUUGCCGAGUACGAUGAGAUUUUUAUUAAUUAUGGUGACGUGACUUAUUGCGGUAGAUGCUUGAUUUUUUUGUGUGCUAAGCUGAAAGAUAGGCCUAUUCAGCAUGGUAACAUUUACUAUCCUUAGAUUUUUGAAUGGAAUAAAAAAAAGAAUUGAAUGCCAAGAAAGGCCCUCUCUGCCUGAAUAGCCCUCUAGGUCCUCUACCUCCUGGCUUUAGUAUAUCCAUAGUCCAUACUUCUGGGGACACCCUGUAUAUUAUAACAUCGUUGCGUCGCACGUUCUUAUAAUAUUUCUUCGCGUUUUCACUUAUUUCGUAAUGUUAUUUACGACGUU